AUGGUACACCGGCAGACUAUCAAGCUCGUUCGUGCAAUCGGUGAAGUUGGAGGAAUUCGGCGGCACUCGAUCGAGGGCUCUGGCCAGCACCACGUCGAGGGUAGCGGUGUCGAGGGAAGUGGAUUAGUCGAAGGCUCAGGAUCUGUCGAGGGAUCAGGUAUCGACACAGUGCUCACUCUAGAAGAAGCUAAAGAGAAGAAAGCCGAGAAAACCGGUGGCGUUGUCGAGGAAAAACUCCUCAGCCUAAGCGGUGACUUCAAACGAGAGGCAAAGAAAGAGAAAAAAGAGAAAGAU